AUGCGUACAAAUGAUGCGAAGAUAACCAUAGAAAAUGGUAUCACAUUCUUUGUAGAUGCAGCCAUAGUUGCUAUCCCUUUAGGUGUUUUGAAAUCAAACACCAUUACUUUCGAACCAAGACUACCUAAAUGGAAGGAGGAAGCCAUAGCUGACCUUGGAGUUGGAAUUGAGAACAAGAUAAUUUUACAUUUUGAGAAAGUAUAUUGGCAAAAUGUCGAGUUUCUAGGAAUAGUUACAGAUACUUCAUAUAGAUGUAGCUACUUUCUUAAUCUUCACAAAGCUACAUGUCAUCCUGUUCUUGUUUACAAGCCUACAGGAAAACUAGCAAGAGAUAUUGAGAAAAUGUUAAUGAGGCUGCAACUAGGUAUGCUUUUACACAGCUUAAAAAGAUUCUUCCAGAUGCUUCCACCCCGAUAA